AUGUCACAUCUGGUGGACCAUACGUCAGGGGACCUGCCAGUUAGGGACAUGGACUCAAUCUCUUUACUUCCUCCUGGGUCUUUAGGUAAGAGUAGCAAAACUCAGCCAGCCUUGGGCAGGAUGAGUCGGGAGGACCUGGAGGACAGACUCUUUCGACUUGGAGACAAGCACAGUGUGGUGAAGGAGCAUUGUUGGGAGCAACAGGAUGAGAUCAAAAGGUGUGGACGCUCACCCUGCACGCGCACGCGGGGAGCCUCGCGCCCGUCUCUCGGCAGGCUGAGGACGCCCCUGCAGCGGUGGACAGCGUGCGGGGACCUGCGGGCUGCGGCGCAGCGUCCCGAGUCGGCCAGGCGGAGGCGCCCCGCCCCGCCCCCGCGCGCCCCCGCGCCCCGGUGGCCCGCGCAGUCCCCGCCCGGAGGAGGAGGCCGGCCUGUCCCGCGCCGUGCCCAGCCUCGCGUCCACGCGGGACACGGACAGCGCCACACAGCCGGCGCGCGGAUGCUGGAGAAACCCAAGAAGGAACCAAGGGACGGGCUAAACUACACUGCUCCUCCCUCAUUCAGGGAGCACGUGACAAAUGAAAAAAACCAAGAUGAAGUAACGAGUGAACCCAUCGAACUUUCAGAUUCCAACUUCGUUCUGGCACUAUAAUUUCUCAUAAUGAUGGCUAAUCUCCUUGGUCUGUGUAUGCCGAACAGCGCCCCCGUUAGGACCAACGAUACCAUGCAAGUGGCAGAACCUGAGAAAACAAGGAGCUCCCUGGAGUGUGCGCAGAGGGCCCAGGAGCUUCGAGCCUCCAUCAAGGAGAAUGUGGAGCUGAUUCGACUGAAGAGGCUCUUACAUGAAAGGAAUGCCUCCUUGGCAGCCACCAAAGCACAAUUGGCUGAAGUUCAACAGGCUUAUGAAACCAUUUUCCAAAAGAAUCAGGGAAUGCUGAGUACAGCCCACGACGCUCUCCUCAGCCAAGUGGAUGAGCUCCGGGCAGAGCUGAAGGAGGAGAGCAUGAAGGCUGUGAGCUUGAAGAUCCAACUAGAAGAAGUGUCCAUCCUGCAGAUAACUCUGAAGGAGUUUCAGGAGAGAGUUGAAGAUUUGGAAAAAGAACGGAAAUUGGUGAAUGACAAUUAUGACAGACUCUUAGAAAACAUGCUGGACAGCAGCACUCAGCUCCCCUGGAGCAGCGAGCUCCUGGGAGAGCAGCUGCAGGACCAACUGGAAGCCGAGGUGGAGGAGAAGAGGAAAGUUCUACUCCAGCUGUCCAGAGAGAACGCUCAAAAUGAGGAUCUGAAGCUUGAAGUGACCAGCAUCCCUCGGAAUUAUGAACUGGAGGCAGAGCUCCUCCAAAACACAGCUGCAGAGCCCCAGUCUCCUGACCUGCUAUUUGAAUCAGCCACUGAUCCAGCUGUCUCAGAAGAGACAGCCCAGAGUGAGCCCAGUGAGCCAGAAACUCAUGAUGAAAAGAAGCUGUCCCAGAUGCUAAGUGAGUUGCAAGUAUCACAUGCUGAGAUCACACUGGAACUGGAAAAGACCAGGGAUAUGCUUCUGCUGCAGCGCAAAAUCAACGUGUGUUACCAGGAGGAGCUGGAGGCUAUGAUGACAAAAGCUGAUAAUGAUAGUCGAGAUCACAAAGAAAAAGUGGAGAGGUUGAGCGAACUCCUAGACCUCAAGAACAACCGCAUCAAGCAGCUGGAAGGUAUUUUAAGAAGCCAUGGCCUUCCAUCAUCUGAACAACUCAGAGAUGUUGCAUAUGGCACCCGACAGUUGUCAUUCCAUUUGGACACACUGCCAGCCAACAGAGAUGAGGACGAAGUGGACAUUUCUCUGCUGCAUCGGGGCGAGAAUCUUUUUGAACUGCAUCUCCAUCAGGCCUUCCUGACAUCCACUGCCCUGGCUCAGGCGGGAGACCCCCAACCUACCACUUUCUGCACUUAUUCCUUCUAUGAUUUUGAAACCCACUGUACCCCACUAUCUGUGGGGCCACAGCCCCUCUAUGAUUUCACCUCCCAGUAUGUGCUGGAGACAGGUUUCCUUUUCUUCCACUACCUUCAGAGAGCUUCAAUCCGGCUUGAUCUACACCAGGCUGUGGCCACUGAGCACCACAUCCUGGCGACUGGAUGGAUUUGCUUUGACAAGGUGCUAGAGACUGUGGAGAAAGUCCAUGGCUUGGCCAUACUUACUGGAGCUGGUGGAGAAGACUUCGGGGUACUCGAGUACUGGAUAAGGCUGCGUUUGCCCUUAAAAUCCAGCCUACAGGCAUACAACAAACAAAAGAAAGCCCAGGCCUACCUGGCAGCCAGUGUGCUUGGAGCCUGGAAGGUCCAGGAGGACAAGUCCAGAGCAGAAACUUGGAAACUUCAGAAUGAGCUGCACAUUGAAAUCACCAGGUGCUGUGGCCUCCAGAGUCGAUGGCUGGGAACUCAACCCAGUCCAUAUGCCGUGUACCGCUUCUUCACUUUUUCUGAUCAUGACACCGCCAUCAUUCCAGCCAGUAACAACCCCUACUUUAGAGACCAGGCUCGAUACCCGGUACUUGUGACCUCUGACUUGGAUGAGUACCUGAGGCGGGAUGCUCUGACCAUAUACAUUUUUGAUGAUGAAGACUCCGAGCCCGGCUCAUACCUUGGCCGAGUCCAAGUGCCCUUGCUGCCUCUGGCACAAAACAAAUGUAUUAAAGGUGACUUUAACCUCACUGACCCUGCGGAAAAUCCCAAUGGAUCUGUUCAAGUACAACUGGACUGGAAGACUCAGUACCAACCUCCUGAGAGCUUCCCGACACAAGAAGUCGAGACAGAGGAAAACAACAUCAAAGACGGCUCAGAGAACUCAUCUGCAGAGGAAGUACCUACUUUUCUUCCCCAGGACCAGAUGGCAUUUGCUGAGAUUCCUAUUGAAGCUGACCAGUACCAAGCAAAGAGGAAACAUCCUCAGGUGGAAGAAAGAAAGGAAAAAGAACACCAGGUUGUGAGCUACUCAAGAAGAAAACAUGGCAAAAGAAUAGGUGCCCAAGGAAAGAACAGAAUGGAGUAUCUGAGUCGUAAUAUCUUAAAUGGAAAUACACUGCAACAGGUGAAUUACACAGAGUGGAAGUUCUCGGAUGGGGAUGAUGGAGAUGAUGGUUUUAAAACUGAGGAUGAGGACAAUGAGAUGAUGUCAUCCCAUUCAAGACUGAGACAGGAAGACUUCCCAUAUCCCAGAAAUGAUCAAGAAUCCUGUGAAGAAGCUUCUGAAGUCAGUGAAGCACGAGUGACAGACAGCGAUGACAUCAUAGUGACGCCCGUAUCUGAGAAACGUCCUAAGGCAGAAUCAGAGAAGAUGUGUAUUGAAAUUGUCUCCCUGGCCUUCUACCCAGAGGCUGAAGUGAUGUCUGACGAGAACAUAAAGCAGGUGUACGUGGAGUACAAAUUCUAUGAUCUCCCCUUGUCAGAGACAGAGACUCCAGUCUCCCUGAGGAAGCCCCGGGCAGGAGAAGAAAUCCACUUCCACUUCAGCAAGGUGAUAGACCUGGACCCAGCGGGGCAGCAAGGCCGACGGCAGUUUCUGUCCAUGCUGAACGCACAGGAUCCUGAGCAAGGACAUUUAAAGUUUACAGUGGUAAGUGAUCCUUUGGAUGAAGAAAAGAAAGAAUGUCAAGAAGUAGGAUAUGCGUAUCUUGAACUGUGGCAGGUCCUUGAAUCAGGAAGAGACAUUCUGGAGCAGGAGCUGGACAUUGUCAGCCCUGGAGACCAGACCGUCUCAAUAGGAAGGCUGAAGGUUUCCCUUCAAGCAGCUGCGGCCCUCCAUGAUAUUUACAAGGAGAUGAACGAAGACUGUUUUCAUGAAGGAACAAGUGCUAAUCCAUUCUAA